AUGAAGCUCUCCCACCUCCUCCCCGCCGCCCUCACCGGCGCCGGCCUCAUCCAGGCCACCGUGAUCCCCGUCCCGGCCUCACCCUACAAAGUCCAAUGGACCUCCACCGAGCUGGUCGACCCCGCGCGGCCGGACCCCUUCAACGCGACACACCCACGACGCAUCAUGAUCUCGCGCUUCACGCCCGUGCGCACCCGCGACUGCCAGCGCACCUGCCGCGUGCCCUACAUGAACGCCUUCAUGUCCUCCGUCGAGGACGCCAUCAUCGACGCCUUUGUCGGCAGCGACAUCGGCUGGCCGCACGGCGUGCUGGGCCGCAUGGAGCUGGAAGUCUGCUGCGCCGUCCGCACCAAACCCAACCCCCCCAAACCCCUCCCCCAAUUCCCCACCAUCCUCUACGGCACCGGCCGCAACACCUCGCGGCUUCUCUACUCCGCCGCAGCCCAGCACCUCGCCAGCGCCGGCUACGAGGUCGUCGUGAUGGACCACCCGUACGAGACGGACGCGGUGCAGUUCCCCGACGGCAGCGUCAUCUACGGCGGGCGGGUGCCGCGGGACCCGGAGGCCGUCGAGGCGCUGGCCGCCGCGCUGGAUGUGCGCUCCAAGGAUGCGGGUAUGGUGCUAGAUUACUUGGGGGUGCCGCGCGGGAAGGGGGGCAAAGGGACAGUGGGGUUUGUGGGGGAUUCGUUUGGGGGGCCGGCGGCGGCGGAUGUGAUGCUGAAGGAUGGAAGGGUCGGGGCGGGCGUGAAUAUGGAUGGCAUGAUGUUUGGGCCGGCGGUGGAGGAGGGGGUACAAGGCCCGUUUUUGACGUUUGGGUCGCCGGGGCAUAACUCGUCGAGUGAUGAGACGUGGGAGAGGUUUUUUAAUGCCACGAGGACGAAGUAUCCGCGCACGUGGCUCAAGGAGUUGAGUGUGGAGGACUCGGCUCAUGGCUUGUUGAUUGACUUUGGCCUGGUGGCGGAUGUGGCGGAUCUCAGGGGGGAUGACAAGCAGGUGGUUGGGAAUCUGGUCGGGGUCAUGACGGGGGCUAGGACUAUAGAGAUCUUGCGGGCGUACUUGUCGGACUUUUUUGAGUUCACGCUCGGAGGCAAGGGUCAGGGCCUGCUUGCUGGGCCGAGCAAGAAAUAUUCCGAGGUGUUGUUUUUGUAG